AUGUUAUUUUCUUUCUUUCAUUCUUUCUUUCUUUCUUUCUUUCUUUCUUCAUGCUAUGUUAUUUUCUUUCUUUUUUCUUCUUUCUUGCUAUAUUAUUUUCUUUCCUUCUUUCUUUCUUUCUUUUGUGCUAUGUUAUUUUCUUUCUUUUUCUUUCUUUCUUUCUUUCUUUCUUUCUUUCUUUCUUUCAUGCUAUGUUAUUUUCUUUCUUUUUUCUUUCUUGCUAUGUUAUUUUCUUUCUUUUUUCUUUCUUUUUUGUGCUAUAUUUUUUUUUUCUUUCCUUUCUUUCUUUUUUCUUUCUUUCUUUCAUGCUAUGUUAUUUUCUUUCUUUUUUCUUUCUUUUCAUAUUAUUUUCUUUCUUUCUUUCUUUCUUUUCUUUUCUAUGUUAUUUUCUUUCUUUCAUUCUUUUUUUCUUUCUUUCUUUUUCUUUCUUUCAUGCUAUGUUAUUUUCUUUCUUUUUUCUUCUUUCUUGCUAUAUUAUUUUCUUUCCUUCUUUCUUUCUUUCUUUUGUGCUAUGUUAUUUUCUUUCUUUCAUUCUUUCUUUCUUUCUUUCUUUCUUUCUUUCAUGCUAUGUUAUUUUCUUUCUUUUUUCUUCUUUCUUGCUAUAUUAUUUUCUUUCCUUCUUUCUUUCUUUCUUUUGUGCUAUGUUAUUUUCUUUCUUUCAUUCUUUCUUUCUAUGUCAUUUUUCUUUCUUUCGUUCUUUCUUUCUUUCUUCUCUUAUUCCUCUUAUUGAUCUACUUUUUUAUUAUUUCUGUCAGCCUUUCUUUCUUCUCUCUUUCACUCCAAGUUAAACACUGGGUCACCUCCCCAAUCACCCAACAAAUUGUUUUCUUUCUUCCUCUUACUGUUCAUAUCUUUCUCUCUACAUGUUUAUGUUCAUCUAUCUAUUUCAGUCUAAUCAGAUCUAUCUAUCUAUCUAUCUAUCUAUCUAUCUAUCUAUCUAUCAGUCUAAUCAUAUCUACCUUUCUAUCUCAGUCUAAUCAUGUCUAUCUAUCUAUCUAUCUAUCUAAUCAUAUCUACCUUUCUAUCUCAGUCUAA